UAUUUUGAAAAUCCCCUACCCAUAAGCCUUCGUAAACCUUCCUGGCUUGACAGCAGUUGCGGAGUUAUUAUCGCGUUUUAACGUGUUUCGGCUAAAAUGUAGUACUUUUUAGUAAGUUUAAAUCGUCCCAUUCAUCCCACUGCAACUAUAAAGACGUGCAAUAAAUGGAUAAACCAGUCAGGACUCGAGGUCCGGCCGCCGCCACCCUCCCCGGAUAGAACCGGUAACCUUCCAGUUACCGGCCAACCCCGCUCACGGUUCUUGUUAAUGCCCCAGGUCCGGCCGCCGCCACCCUCCCCCUGGCGUCCCUGCGCCUGCUGGCCUCCCCUCUGCAGCUGGCCUACUCCUACAUCUGGCAGGUCAUCGAGAGGAGGAACGUCAGGCGCUACGACAAGGUGGAGGAGUUCGUCACCAUGGUGACGCAGACGGUCCCGGAGCUCAUGAGCGCCAAGCAGACGGCCCAGCUGCUCCUGGGCCUGAGGGCGCGGAUCAUUUUGGAGUUGGUCAGAGCGGCGACGCCAGACUGCUUGGCCAUCCAGACUCUCAUCAACAAGCUGAAGAUCCCAGCUGCAAUAAUAAUAAGGGAUGUCGACGUGGAGAAGUCUCAGACUAACUUCAUGGUCCUGGUCCAGAUUCUGCUCAAAAGCGCCGCUGAGAGACAUCGCUUCUUCCAGGAGGUGUUUCCUGUCCAGUAUGGGACCAAGUACGACACGGCGCUGCAGGCUCUUCUCGCAGGACUGGUGUACAAACUGGAGCAGCUGCUGCCUGUGCCCAACCUCUCAAAGCUGGGCACCAUGAUCCCCAGCCAGCCCUCUGUCCUGGAGGAGUGCGGCCACUUCAUCCCCGACCACGGAGACCUGAGGGUCCUGCUGCGACACCAGAAGCAGAAGGGCUUCCUAACAACCAGUGCCAUCUCCUCCACGGUGGGCGACUGCGUGCUCUCCUCCCUGUCCUUCCUCCCGCGCCCCCUGGAGCCCAUCCAGCCGGAGGAGCCCCCGGCCCCAGACCCCCCCGCCGGCAACGACCCAGAGGUGGAGGUAGCGGGGACCCCCGACCCAACGGACGGCGGGCCUGCGUCGGACGAGGACCCCAACCCCGUCUCCGAGGGUCCCGUCGCGGCGGCCGUCGAGUCCACGGGCGGCGGGGGCGGGGCCCUGGAGAGCCUCUCCGCCGUGCACGUCCCUCUCCCUCCACAGGAAGCGCGCACGACUCCAGAGGAGUCGUGCGCAGAGACGAGCGGCGCCUCGCCGUCCAGCCCUCCGCCCUCACGCCACCGCGACGGAGAAGACACGGAGGCCGCGGCGCCGCCUGAAGCCCCCGCCACUGCCGCCCACGAGACAGUCGCAGCUCGGCGGCCCCCUCCCCCCCCGGAGAGGCCCGCCUCCCUCCAGGGGUUCCACACGCCCUCCAGACCCGCCCCCGCCGCCGCCGCCGCGGAGGGCGACGCUCAGCAGCGGCUGCAGAUCCAGCGCGUCACGCUGCACCAGUGGGUCUCCCAGAUGGCCUCCAACAGCCUCUCGCUGCCCCCCCUGCCGCCCCUCAGCCCCCCCAGGGCGGGCCCCGGCGGGGGCGGGACUAGCGGCGGCGGCGGGCACUCGGGCGCCCGGAAGGACCGGCGGCGGCGCGCCAAGUCGCCCGUGGAGCGCUUCACCUGCGACACGUGCGGCAAGCGCUUCGCCUACCAGUCGAAGCUGACGGAGCACCGGCGCAUCCACACGGGCGAGAAGCCCUUCGCCUGCGUCACCUGCGGCAAGGGCUUCCGCACGCAGGCCUUCCUCAACACGCACCUGCCCAUCCACAGCGCGGCGCGGCCCUACAACUGCGGCCACUGCGGCCGCUGCUUCCACCGCAUGCCCAGCCUGAAGAAGCACAUGCUGACGCACAGCGAGCGCAAGCCCUUCCACUGCGGCGUGUGCAACAAGGGCUUCACGCAGUCCACCUACUUCAAGCGCCACAUGGAGUGCCACGCCAGCCGCAGCAGCUUCCCGUGCGGCGAGUGCGCCAAGGCCUUCCCCACCGAGUUCAAGCUGGCCAACCACCGGCGGUGGCACGCGCGCGACCGGCCGCACAUGUGCGAGCGCUGCGGCAAGCGCUUCCUGGUGCCCAGCCUGCUGAAGCGCCACAUGGGCUACCACGUGGGCGAGCGGCAGUACCUGUGCGCGCAGUGCGGCAAGACGUUCGUGUACCUGUCGGACCUGAAGCGCCACCAGAAGGACCACGGGCCCAAGACCAAGCUGCCGUGCCACGUGUGCCACAAGAAGUUCUCCAGCAAGUACUGCCUGCGCAUCCACAUGCGCAUCCACACGCGGGAGAAGCCGUACGCGUGCCCCGUGUGCGACAAGGCCUUCACGCAGAUCGGCAACCUCAAGGUGCACGUGCGGCUGCACAACGACGAGAGGCCCUUCAGCUGCGAGCAGUGCGGCAAGAGCUACAAGCUGAUGUCGCACCUCAAGGCGCACAAGCGCACGCACCUCUUCAAGAAGCCCUGGACGUGCGCCGCCUGCGGGAAGGGGUUCUCUCUGCCGGGCCUGCUGAAGAAGCACGAGGAGCUGCACGCCCGGGACGCGGCGGGGAUCCCCGGGACCCGGCCUCACCGCAGCAAGGCGCCGUCGCACAAGAAGCGGUACGAGGAGGAGGAGGAGGAGGACGGGGGCGGGGCCGGGGAGGGUUAUUGAUGGAGGCGGCGGGAGUUUUUUUUUUUUACUGGUGAUGAAUUGUGUGCUUUUUUUUUUUGCUUUUGUUGUCGUGAAGCCAUAGCCUGGAUCAUGAUGGAAUGGUCUUUGAUCUACUUGUAGGGCUGGUUCCUGGUCAGGGCUGGGACCGGCAAAUGAUGGCUGCCGCAAGGCUGGCUUUACAUGUCUGUGAUGGUUGAAUGGGAUCUAUUCUGUUUCUAUUCAUGUGCUGAAUCCGGUUGCAUUCGUAUGCAUUGUUUUGUUAAUAAGAGGAAAUGUAAGCUUGUAUGACACGCAUCUGAUUGAUCUGUUCAUGAUCACACAUUUUAGAUCAAUGGAAGAAUUCUCAAAUGAUGGUGGA